AUGAGCAACACGAUUCGAGCCUAUGCCCACCGUUCGGAGUUCAUCAAGGACAUCCUGAGGCGCGCUGGAGACACUGUCGAGGCGGACAAGCUUGAGGACCUUGGAGGAGCACACGACUGGACACCAGCGUUGCCCCGCGGGUUAGAUGUGCCAUCGGAGCAUAAGAACUGCCCAAUCUGCAAUGAGAAUAUCGAGCCGACAGACUUGGUGGCACGCAUGUGUCCCGAAUCGAACGACAAGCAUUUCUUCCAUUGGAAUUGCAUGAUGGAAUGGCUGGGCACCUGGUGUGACCGACGCAUGGAGUUCCAACGUACAUGCCCUUGCUGUCGCACCGAGAUGUUCACGUUGUCUGAACCGAGCAGGAUAAGCCAGGAGGAGAGAAGGUUGCGAUGGAGGGUGGACGACCGCAUGGACGUCUUGAACUCUUUUUAUCGCAUCCAUACCUCAUACCGGUCUGCGGAAUGGCCCUUCAACAUCCCAGUCAUCGAUGUGCCGGGUGUCACCCUCCGCUACCAUCGUCAGAGAUAUCACACUCUGAGGGAAUACUGGCUUGCGAUCGCCAUGGGCUUGAUUGGUAGCAGGAGCAAGGUCAUGAAGCUUCGGACCAUGAUCUUCAUGUACGACGAUGCGAUGCACCUUGAUCGAAUUCUCGCCCGCGUCGAAGCCCUCAUGGACUUCAUGACUGGUGACAAUCUCGAGGCUUACCCGGUCGCUGAGCACCCCAUGGCCUAA